AUGGCCGCCACAGCUUCAGAACCCGCGCGCUCUUGUAUUCCUUCUCCGCCUUUUGCAGAAGCUACAGCGGGAGAGCUAACAGAGACUAUCGGGCCAGACGGGCUGGAUGCAUCGGUCACGACCUGCCAAAGGGUCGGCGGGGGGUCUGUUACUCACCGUGCGGCGAUCAGAGGCUCCGCAGCGGGGACCAGGCCGACACAGCACCGCAGAGACCCGGGAGAGACCCGCGGGGAACGAGCACAGAGCUGCAGACCCGCGGAAGUCACGCCUCCACAAUAA